AUGACUGCCAUCAGCCUCACAGUCUACAGCGACACCAUCUGCCCGUUCUGCCUGCUUGGCUACCGAAAGACGCAACUCGCUAUCGAAGCCGCCAAACGUCAGCAUCCGGAUUUGUCCUUCUCGAUCCGAUACAAGCCCUUUGAGCUCGAUGCGACGCUGCCUGUCGAUACUCCUUUGUCAAAGCAAGAGCGGUAUGCAUCCAAAUUCGGCAAGGAACGCUUCCAAAGCAUGGAGAAGAUGAUGAUUCAGCGUGGUCGAGAGGUCGGCGUCAACUUCUCGUACGGUGGCACAGUGCGCAAUACGAUCAGGUCUCAUCGCUUGCUCGAAAGAGCAUGGCAAAGUGGCGGUGAACCUCUCCAGCGCAAAGCUCUCGAACUUUGCUUCACUUCAUAUUUCGAGAAUGAGGGCGAUAUAGGCUCACCUGAGAACCUCGCCCGCAUCGGUACCGAAGCAGGACUCUUUUCUUCGGAUGAAGAGGCUCUCAACUUCAUACACGGCUCUGCAUGCCUGCCUGACGUUGAGCAGUCACUGACCGAGUCGCGUCGUCUCGGAAUCUCCGGCGUGCCUUUUACGAUCAUCUCCGCCCAAGGAAUGAAGCAGCCCGUCGGUGUGAGCGGUGCGCAAGAGCCUGACACUUUCACAGAGAUAUUCACAGCUAUAGCGACGGGCAAAACGCUGUCAUAG